AAGAGUGUGUGAGAGAGAGAGAGCGAGAAGGAGAGAGAGAGGGAGAAGUAGGAUGCAAUAUACGAUCACUGGAUGCAAACCAUAAUUCAGAAGAUUAAGGACGGUUACGGAAGCGCUGCUUCGCUUUCUCAGCAAGGUGUGAAUACACUGUAAAGGAAGAAGAAAGCACACAGGAGACAGGAAAAAGACAAAAGGGUUUGUUUUGGAAAGAAGAGUGGCUGUGUGCACAUUUCUCUUCAGCUUAUAGACGACUAGGAACACCGAGAGCACCAUGGAUUUUGUGAUGAAGCAAGCUUUAGGCGGUGCCACCAAAGACAUGGGGAAGAUGCUGGGCGGAGAGGAGGAGAAGGACCCAGACGCCCAGAAGAAGGAGGAGGAGAGACAGGAGGCCUUGAGGCAGCAAGAGGAGGAGAGAAAGGCAAAGCACGCCCGCAUGGAAGCAGAGCGGGAGAAAGUACGACAGACCAUCCGGGAUAAGUACGGGCUGAAGAAGAAGGAGGAGAAAGAGGCAGAGGAGAAAGCAGCCAUGGAGCAGGCCUGUGAGGGGUCAUUGACACGCCCCAAGAAAGCCAUCCCGGCUGGGUGCGGGGAUGAUGACGAGGAGGACGAGGAGAGCAUUUUGGACACCGUUCUCAAAUUCCUGCCUGGCCCUCUUCAGGACAUGUUCAAGAAGUAACGGACCUGCAGCACAGGCAAGGGGUCGGGCAGAGAGGCCCGGGACUGGGGGGAGGGAGGGGUGGCUCCGGAUAAAUCAGGCUAUCUACAGCCUUGACAGGCUUUUGUUGUUAUUUUACACUGCCAGAAAAAAAGACACAAUCAAAACCACAUGGCAUUUGGUCUCUUAACUGCCAGUCUACAAAAUAUUCAUAUUUGUCUUGCUUUUUUUUGUUUAUUUGUUUGUUUGAAUUUUUUAGCUCCUUUCAAAAAAAUCUAUCAGGCCAUAUAACUAGGAGCUCUGAUACACCCAUCAAGAGAUUUAAAGUUGCACUGGGAAGAAUAAUACAUCAGUCUUGCGCUGUGAGGCUGAGCAAAACUGAUAAGUACAAAGUAUAUGGAUGAGGGACACACUUUAUUGUCCACCUUGGCAGUAAUUUGCCUGGAGAUAUCUGGCAUACCUGUGUAAGGAAAGCUGGAUCUGUCAUAACAUUUCUAUAUUUGCU